UUAACGUUCAUUAUUUUUGAACUGUUUAUGUUUAUAUAUUUGUUAUAUUGGAAAAAAAAACCACAUAACAUAUUUGUAUAUGAUGUUUAAAUAAUACAUCUGAUUAAUAAAAACGUUGGUUCCUCAUAAUUUUUCGAAUUGUGCAAUAAUAAUUACAAAAUAUCAGUAUUCAUCUCACGGAAGCCGAAUUCAGAGGUUUCAGUUGUCGAACAUUUACUUAAACCAUUACCAUCAUGAUUGAAAAGAAUCCAAAACGAAAGAGCCAAGCACCCAUUGAACCUGAAAUUGAAGAUAAUGAAUCGGAGGAAGAAGUGAAUUUGUCGGAUGAUGAAGGAACAUUUGUAGACGGCAUCCGAAUCCCUCCAGCCACAAAACCUACUUGUUCUUUUGAUCCAACUGGCCCUCGACUCAUCAUCACCAAAAUUUCGAAUGAUUUCUUCAAGAGUUAUGCUGAAGAGCAGGUUUUGGGUCCCUUUCAUAAGUGCUUCAAUGCCAUUGUGGGACCCAACGGCAGUGGUAAAAGUAAUGUUAUUGACUCCAUGCUUUUUGUCUUUGGCUAUAGAGCUACCAAAAUAAGAUCGAAAAAAGUGUCUGUCUUACUGCAUAAUUCAGAUAAAUACCAAAAUGUCAGGUCUUGCACUGUGUCUGUUCACUUUGCCCUAAUUAUAGACAAGGCUGGAGAUGAAUAUGAAAUCGUACCAGGUAGUGAAUUUGUUGUUUCACGUACAGCCAAUAAAGAUAACUCAUCUUACUACACUCUGGAUGGUCGAAAAGUUCAAUUCAAAGAAGUUGGAAGUUUGCUCAAACGGCACGGUAUAGAUCUCGAUCACAACAGAUUCCUUAUUCUUCAGGGAGAAGUAGAACAAAUUGCGAUGAUGAAGUGCAAGGGGGAAGGAGAACAUGAGUCAGGAAUGUUGGAAUAUUUGGAAGAUAUUAUCGGAACAACACGUUUCAAGAAACCUCUCGUGAAAGUUCAAGAAAGAGUAGACUACUUAACCGAACAUAGAACCGAAAAAUUAAAUCGACUCCAACUGGUCGAAAAGGAACUGAACGAAUUGAAAACCCCUAUGGAGGAAGCAGUGGGUUUCCUGAAAACAGAAAACACUGUCAUCAACAGCAAAAAUUUCCUUUUCCAGAAAAACGUAUAUGAUAUCGAAAGAAAAAUAGAGAAAGUGGAAGAAUCCAGAAAAGAGGUUUUAGAAAUCCAAAAGGGAUUUGAGGAAAACAUGGAAAAAUUAAACAAGGAGAAGCACGACAAAGAAAAGAUACUGAAACAAGAAUCUGAAAAAUAUGAGAAGUUGCAAAACAGGAAAGACACUCUCACGGAGGCUUUCAAUAAAGCGAAUAAUAAAGAUAUUCAACUUCAGGAAUCAAUGACUCAGACGAACACCACUCGAAAGAAAACGAAGGAGCUCAUCGUUGAGGAAAAGAAAAAACUGGAGAAGUUAGGAAAAGUUCCUGAAGAAAGUAAAAAGGGAAUUGAAGAAUGUGAGGCAAAAAUAGAAGAGGUAUCUUCAAAGAAGGAGAAAUAUGAAGAGGAAAAAACAAAAUUGUUGACCAAUUUACGAACCGAAACUAAAUCCCUGCAAGACAAAAAAGAGGAAAUACAGAACAAAUUGGUAGUGUUGAAAAAAUCUGUCGACGAAACUAAGUCAGCGUUCACUCUUGCCGAAUCGGAACUGAAAAUCUACGUCAGCAACGAAGAAAACGAGAGAACGAAACUUGAGAACUUGAAGAAAGAAUACGACUCUUCCAAGUCGACUAUAGAAGAACGACUGAAGCAAGUCAGCUCGUUGAAAAAAAAGAUUCCUGCUACCGAAAAAUCACUCAAAGACGCCACGGAAGAACUGAACACCGUCAAAUAUCAGGAAGCGCAAAUCAUCAACGAAGUGCGAAGAAGCAGGGCCAGCCUCGAAGAAAAGAAGAACUCCAUGCAAGCUUCCAGGUCAAGAGGUAAGGUUUUGGAUAGACUGAUGCAGCAAAAGAAUGAAGGAAAGUGUCCCGGAUUGUAUGGACGGUUGGGUGAUUUGGGUGCAAUCGACCAAAAAUAUGACAUCGCCAUAUCCACUGCUUGCGGACCGCUGGACAACAUCGUUGUUGACUCUGUCAGUACAGCUCAGUGGUGCAUAGAAUUUCUGAAGAAGUACGAUCUUGGCAGGGCGACAUUCAUCGCUUUGGAUAAGCAGGAACAUUUGCGAAGUCAGGCUUCCUCCAAAAUCAGCACCCCAGAGAACGUUCCUCGUCUAUUCGAUUUGGUGAAAAUUCAGGACGAAAAUGUGCGUCCUGCAUUUUACUAUGCCCUGCGCGACACCCUCGUAGCCAAUGACCUCGAUCAGGCAUCUAGAAUAGCUUACGGUGCUCAAAGAUUCAGAGUCGUAACACUAAAAGGAGAUCUUAUUGAAACCACAGGAACGAUGAGUGGAGGUGGAAAGUCCGUCAGCAGAGGAAGGAUGGGACAAAGUGUUAGAGUGUCAAAUGUCAAUCCAAAAGAACUCGAGAAUAUGCAGGAAGACAUAGAAGAGUUGGAGGGUAAGGUUAGGGAAUUGCGUCAAAGACAAACCUCUCUGGAAAGUCAGAUCAGUACACUCGAGCCGGAAUUGAGACAAAUGAAGUUUGACUUUGAGAAAUUUUCCAUGGAGUUGAAGGAUUUGCAACAACGCAUGCCGCAACUUGAAAAACAAGUAAAAGCACAAGAAGCUAAAUCUAAAGCUACUAGAGCCGAUCCUGCUGAAGUUAAAAGGCUAACGAAAAUCGUCGAACAAAAGAGGGCGCUGUACGAAAAAGCUGCCGAAACGGCGGGUGAGCUUCAAAUUCAAGUAGACAAAAUAUCUGGGGAAAUCAACGAGAAAACCAGCGGGAAAAUGAAAGCCAUCGAUAAAAAUAUUAAUGAAGCCACCAAAACAAUCGAUAAGUGUAAAGCAGAAAUAACUAGGCUUCGUGUAGCUAUCACGACUGCGGAAAGAAAUGCCAAAAAAUCAGAACAAAAGAUACAAACGAUGGAACAAGAUGUGACAGAUAUGGAAAAUAGGUUGCGUCAAAUGAAGAAUGCAAGGACCGAAAUCGAGGAAGAUGCUGCAAAACUUUUGACCUGUAUCAAAGAGAUUACCGAUUCAAUGGCAGAAGGAGAGGAGGCCUACUCAGAUAUCAAAAAAGAAGUGGCGAAUUUGACAAAAAAAGUAAAUGAAUUGAAAUCUGAAAAAGUGGAUGUUGAUCAAAAAGUAAAAGCAUUCAAUAACAAAAUGAACGAAUAUCAGGGAGCUGUACAUCAGUUGGAAGUGAAGAUAUCGCAUUUAAAAUUACAAGACAUUCCAAAUGAGAGCGAUGCUGUGCUCAAGAAAUAUACCCAUGACGAGUUGGAAGAAAUAGAUUGUGGGCAUAUUGUUAGAGAAAUGGAAGCCGCUGAAAAUCAUCUCAAGGUAGCGAAACCUAACCUAAAUGCGAUUGAGGAAUAUCGAAAGAAGCAAGGUGUGUAUAUAGAACGUUCCAAAGAAUUGGAAGAAAUCAGUAAUAAACGGAUGGAGAUGCGAGCUUUAUAUGACUCGCUAAGGAUGCAGCGCAGAGAAGAAUUCUUGACGGGAUUCAACAUCAUUCGAUCAAAACUGAAGGAAAUGUACCAGAUGAUAACGCUGGGUGGAGACGCCGACUUUGAAAUGGUCGAUACUUACGAUCCGUUUGCCGAAGGAAUACAGUUCAAUGUUCGACCGCCUAAGAAAUCGUGGAAGAAAAUAUCAAAUUUAUCGGGAGGUGAAAAGACUUUGGCUUCCUUAGCGCUAGUCUUUGCUUUGCAUUAUUACAAACCCUCGCCCCUAUAUGUAAUGGAUGAAAUUGAUGCUGCGUUGGACUUUAAAAACGUUUCUAUUGUGGGAAAUUAUAUAAAGGAACGCACAAAAAACGCCCAGUUCAUAAUCAUCUCACUGCGCUCCAACAUGUUCGAACUCUGCGACAAUUUGAUCGGAAUUUACAAAACCUACGACUGUACCAAAACUAUUACCAUCGACCCACGAAUAUACGAUAAAAAAGAAGAGCAACCUGCUAUCAGAAUGCCCUCGACUGAAAACCCGAUUGCUGCAAUGCCCAACAGCCAAAGUAUCAUCAGAGAUGUUGAGACUUCGACUGCAGAGAAUGUCAUCAAUGAAAGUUACGAUCCUUCCAGCACCCUUGGUCAGGGAAAUGGUACUGAGGGAAUUUUAAAUGGUUCUUCCCAACACGAGGAAAUGGAGGUAGAUGCUUGAGAAAAAGUUAAUUGUUCUUCCGAAGCACUUCGAUCUGUCUUGAUUUAUAUACUGUACAGUUGAUUCAUGGAUAAUAUUACAAACAAUGUCAGUGAUGUUUUAAGAGUUAUUUGCCGAAUUUCUAGUGAUUUAUUAUUUUUGUAAUAAACUUUUAACUUUUGA